AUAUAAUAAUUUCCUAUGUGAAGAUUAGGAAGCGAAAGUUCAAAGUGGGGACCUUUUUAAUAAAAAGUAGCACUCGUAAAAAUGUAGAUUUUAUUGUCAACAUUUUAAUACCGUAUUGUUACAUCUUUAGUGACUAUUCUCUAUCGUGAACAAUAAGCAUAAAUAUAUAAAAAUAGCGUGUGCCUAUUGAAAAUUUUUAGCUGUUUUACAUUAUUUAAUUGAAUUUCUCUGAGGAAAGUCACUUCGAAUUCCUAAAAAAAAAUGAAAGUCGUGACCUGCAUAGCCCCCGUUAAUAUUGCAGUCAUCAAAUAUUGGGGCAAAAAAGAUGAAGAGUUAAUUUUACCUUUAAAUGACUCAAUUAGUGCCAGUCUUAGUACAGAUAUUAUGUGUGCCAAAACAACUGUUAUGGCAUCACCUUCUUUUGAGAAAAAUAGAUUCUGGCUGAAUGGUAAGAUUCAGUGUAUGGAGACAAAUACCAGGUUAAGUAAUUGCAUUGAAAUGGUUAAGAAAAGAGCAGAUUCCUCUCUUGAACACUACAAUUGGAACAUAUCAAUUUGUUCUGAAAAUAACUUUCCCACUGCAGCGGGUCUUGCAUCCUCUGCCGCAGGUUAUGCUUGUUUAGUAUAUGCUUUAGCUAAACUUUACAAAAUUGAGGGUGAAAUAUCCGAAAUAGCCAGACAAGGAUCUGGCAGUGCUUGCAGGAGCGUAUAUGGCGGUUGGGUUCAAUGGCAUAGUGGUACUUUGCCAACUGGAGAAGAUUCCAUAGCAAGCCAAAUCGCACCUGCGAGUCAUUGGCCUGAGAUGAGAGCAUUGGUACUUGUUGCUAAUGACAGUCGUAAAAAGUUUGGCUCUACACUGGGCAUGUAUAGAACAACCAAAACUAGUACAUUAAUUUGGGAAAGGGUCAAUAAGGUGGUGCCGGAAAGAGUGAAACAAAUGAGACAAGCGAUAUUAAGCAAGAAUUUUGAAAGUUUUGCUGAAAUUACUAUGAAAGACUCAAAUAGUAUGCAUGCUGUUAUUCUAGAUACUUAUCCGCCUGGUAUUUAUAUGAAUGAUAUUUCACAAGCUAUGGUGAACUUAGUGCAUUGUUACAACGAUUAUAAAGGACAUAACAGUGUGGCAUAUACAUUUGAUGCUGGUCCUAACGCCUGCAUUUACUUAUUAGAAUCUGAAGUAGACGAAUUUAUUGCAGUGGUAAAUUAUGUCUUCCCGAAACUAAAAAGUGUUCCGAAUUCAGAGUAUUACAAGGGGUAUCCUCUACCAGAUACCACAAAAUAUGUUAAGAAUAAAGAGCUAAAUGUGUCACCCUGUUCGGAAGGAAUGUUAAAAUAUAUUAUUUAUACAAGGGUAGGUGAAGGACCUAGUGUUUUGGUGGACCAAAAGGAGCAUCUUCUUCAACAAAAUGGUUUGCCUAAGCACUAGUUUGAUUUUGAGGAGAAAACUUAUGAUUAAGUUCCAAACCUAGUUUAACUAUUAUCCACAUACAUAAUAUAUUGUGGAUUACAAUUUAUUGUAGAAUAUUAUUAACUAUUUUUUAUAUGGGUUGUAUAAUAAAAAAAAAUUUUAUUGUA